AUGCCGGGUGGGCUCCUGCUCCAGCUGCUCCUCGCUGCUGCUCUGUACCCUGGCAUCCUCGGGACAGCCUCGGUGCAGAACCUGCACCUCUGCGAGGGCUACGCGGGCCCCGACGGCCGCUACCACCCCGGCUUCUACUGCCCGCGCCUGACGGACCCGGCCACGCACCGGUACUGCUGCCGGCCCGGCCCCCACGCCCUCAAGUCCUGCUGCUCCCAGGGGGCCGUGGAGGCCCUCACCGGGGUGAACCUCUCCAGCCUCCCCGUGCCUGGCCUCCUCCGGAACCCGCUGGCCCUGCCCUUCGUGGGGCUCUACGGGCUCCUCGUCCUCGUCCUCAUGGCCCUCGACCUCGUCCACUUCUACCGCACCAAGCGCUGCAGCCUCGCCCCGGCUCCCCGCGCUCCCGGGGGGGAGGCGUAG